GAUGCCUUCAGGUUUAAAAAGAAAGAGUUUGUAAGAUGCUUUUCAACGCCAACACUUCCAGAGUUUGCUGAUGUCGUUAUAAUAGGCGGUGGUUCGGCAGGCUGCAACACCCUGUAUCAGCUUGCGAAACGUAAUGUUAAUGCAGUGUUACUUGAACGAGCUCAAAUGACAGCUGGUACAACAUGGCAUACUGCGGGCUUAGUUUGGAGACUUCGACCAAACGAUGUUGAAAUUCAACUUCUUGCAACGACACGCGAUACAUUAAUGAAUUUAGAAUCUGAAACCGGAUUAAACUCGGGAUGGAUUCAGAAUGGAGGAUUGUUCAUUUCGCAUUCAGAAGAGCGAACAAACGAAUACCGUCGUUUGCAAACAUUGGGAAAAUGUUUUGGCAUUGAAAGUCACAUUUUAUCUCCCGAAGAUACGCAAAAAGUUUUUCCACUUCUCGAUCCAACAUCUUUCGAGAAUUCCCUUUAUUCUCCUGGUGAUGGUGUCGUUGACCCAGCUAUGAUGUGUGCUGCCCUAUCGAAAGCAUCAUCGAAUAAUGGCGGUCGUGUAAUUGAAAAUUGUCCGGUUGAAGAGAUUAUCGUGGGUGAAAACCAUUUGGGACUUAAGGAUGUUCGUGGUGUUCGUACGUCUCAUGGUAUAAUUAAAACCAACACAGUUGUUAAUGCAACAGGUGUUUGGGGUAAAGAUUUACUUCAACAGCACGGAAUUCAUUUGCCACUCGUACCCAUGAAACACGCUUAUGUCAUCUCAGAGACAAUUAAAGAGGUGCAAGGGAUGCCAAAUGUUCGCGAUCACGAUUAUUCAACGUAUUUUCGUAUUCAAGGCGCAAGCAUUUGUAUGGGUGGCUACGAAAAUAAUCCAAUUUUGUUAGACAAAGUUCCAAAUGACUUCAAUUUCAGUCUUUACGAACUCGACUACUCAGUGUUUGACACACAUAUUGAAGGUGCUAUAAAGAUUUGUCCGGCAUUUGGGAAUGUGGGAAUCAAAAGUACAAUUUGCGGACCUGAAAGUUUCACUCCCGACCACAAACCUCUGAUGGGACCAGAUCCACAUCUAAGCGGUCUCUUCCACUCAUGCGGCUACAACUCAGCUGGCAUGAUGUUAGGUGCGGGAUGUGCUAAACAGCUAGCAAGUUGGAUCAUUCAUGACAGACCGGACCUUCAUAUGUUUGCUUAUGACGUCAGACGAUUCACGCCAAAACAGAAAAAAGCUUACGAUUGGGCCGUUGAACGAAGUCAUGAAGCUUACGCUAAAAAUUAUAGCAUUGUGUUUCCAAAUGAUCAGCCAUUAGCUGGUCGUAAUUUCAUUCAGGAUCCACUACAUAAAAUUCUCGUAAACUACGGAGCCGUUAUGGAAGAGAAAGGCGGUUACGAACGUCCAGGCUAUUACGUUCAUGAUGGCACGGCUCCUGUACAAAGAUAUGACUGGUACGGUUAUUAUGGACAUGAAAAGAAUAAGAACACUUGUUACGUUGAGAAACUUGCUGGUGACUACAAGUUUGGGUUUUCUGAUCAUCAUGAUUUGAUUGGCGAAGAGGCUCAUUCUUGUCGUGAGAAUGCUGUCGUGUUUGAUCUAAGUUAUUUCUGUAAAGUUUUUCUCACCGGAAUUCAAGCUGAAGAAGCAGCAAAGUGGAUCUCUACUGGAAACUUGAACAAGCCAUACAACAAAACAAUUUAUACAUGUGCAUUAAACAAUCGUGGAGGCGUCGAAAUCGAUCUGACAGUGACACCAGUUGAGGCAGGAAUUGGAGAACUUCACGAUCCAAUAUUCAAAGGGCGAGGUUUCUAUUGUGUGGCUGGCGGUGCAUCAUAUUAUCACACAGUGUCACAUAUGCAUGAAGCAAUAAAUGAGAAGAAUUUCCGUGCUAAAGUCACAGAUGUGACAAAUGAACUUGGAAUUUUAUCAGUACAAGGACCAAAGAGUCGAGAAAUCAUGUCAAAGCUAUGUGAUUAUGACUUUUCGAAUGAAAAUUUCCCACCAAACUCAGCGGCGAUUCUUGAGAUCAAAGACCUGAAAGAUGAAAAGAUUCGCAUCCGUGCGUUACGCGUCAGCUUUGUUGGUGAACUAGGUUACGAGCUUCACGUUGCUAAAGAAUCAUGUGCUAAGUUAUAUGAAGCGUUAAUGCGAGUUGGGGCAUCAUUCGGAUUGAAAAAUGGUGGAUACAGAUCAAUGUACUCGUUGAGCAGCGAGAAAGGAUAUCAUCUCUGGGGAUUCGAUUUACGUGCAGACGACACGCCAAUUGAAGCAAAUUUGGGCUUCACAUGUCGAAAACAAGGCGAAUAUAAAGGCAAGAAUGCGGUGAUUCAGCAACAAAAUGAUGGCGUUCAAAAGCGUUUAGUUUUUCUGACACUUAAAGAGAAGUUGCCGAUAUGGGGUCUUGAGGCUGUCUAUAGAAAUGGGGAAAUUGUUGGACAUUUAAGAAGAGGCGAGUGGGCAUACACUCUGAAUUGUGCCAUUGGACAGAGCUACAUUCGUCGCAAUGACUCCGACAAACCAAUUGAUAUCAAUUACAUCAACUCGGGAAAAUAUCAAAUUGAAAUCAUGGGGAAACUUUACGAUGCUGAUUGUCAUCUUCGCAGCCCAUUCGAUCCUCAAGGUCGGAGAAUUCUUGGUGAUUACAAAACUUUGUAAACUUUUGACUUUCAUUUAUUUUCUCAAAUCAAUGAAAAACUUUUCACAUUGAAAUAUUUUGUUAAGCUUUUAAGUGAACUGAUAAUCACCAUUGAUGAAGCUUUCCGUUUCGUAACUUUUCGAUGUUUCCAUAAAUAAAAUAUUCUUACAAGUAAAAAAGACAAAUGAGAGAAAAAAAUGUUUUCAGAGUGUCAUGACAACUGCAAA